AAAUAAAAACGCGGAUCAAAAAAAUUCAUGCUUCAUUUCGUCUGUUGCGUCUUUCGUCAGAUCUGCUCAUCUUCUUCCGUUUCAAGUAUCACAUCAGAUGGACGGAGGCGGAGGUGAUAGUGGUGGUUCAGUGGCAACACCUGUUCAACAGAAAGCGCAUGAGGCGUGGAGGAUCUACCAGCAUUACCUUGACAAGACUACGCCUCACGCUACUUACAGGUGGAUUGGGACUCUUGUUGUGGCUCUUGCCUACUGUUUGAGGGUUUACUAUAUUCAGGGGUUCUAUAUUAUCGCUUAUGGUCUUGGAAUCUACCUUUUGAAUCUGCUUAUUGGGUUCUUGUCACCUCUUGUUGAUCCUGAGGCUGCUGGGGGUUCUGAUGGACCUUCUCUUCCUACUAGAGGGUCUGAUGAGUUCAAGCCUUUCAUUCGCCGUCUCCCUGAGUUCAAGUUCUGGUAUUCGAUGACAAAGGCGUUCUGCAUUGCGUUUAUGAUGACAUUCUUUUCGGUGUUUGAUGUGCCUGUGUUCUGGCCAAUCCUGCUUUGCUAUUGGAUCGUUCUCUUUGUUCUCACCAUGAGACGCCAGAUCUCUCACAUGAUCAAGUACAAGUACAUCCCUUUUAGCUUCGGCAAACAGAAAUAUGGUGGACGGAGCAGCGGGAGUGGCCCACGUGCGGACUGAUCUGAC